AUGAUGAAGACCCAGCUCCAAGCUCCACAGGACAAAGACCAUCAAAAGCAUGAAUGUUUCAAGCCAUCACAGCCUUUGCAUCUCCUUUCUUCCUACUUUAUAGACAAUAUACUUGGAAGGACAAGCAUGACCAAAACUCAAGUCCUUGUGUCAGGCAAUAUUAAAGAAGAUAAUACAGAUGGGAUGGAAGGUCAUAAAGAUGGGACAAACUCUAAAAAGUCCAACCUCCAGCUCGAGCUACAGACAAACUCUCAACAGACAGAAGAUAUGACUCUGAGACUUCAGGGAGCUAUACAAAGGAGAGCAAGGGAAAAUGACGAUUUAAGCUGCCCUGACUAUUCCAGCCAGAAUAAACAGAAUUAUUCAGAGAAUAACAGGCUCUAUACACUUCACUAUGGUGGGAAACGGUUCUCCUCACAGUCACAGCUGAAUGAAACAGGUAAUAUAGAUAAAGAGGACUGUGAAGAAAAUGAAGCAAAUGAGGCUGAAGAAGGUAACAGAAGGGAAAAGGAUGUCACCUGUCUAUCUUCUCCCAUGCAUUUUGAAGGGACGGGUCUAAAAAGGAAACAGCGUCGGUAUCGAACCACCUUCAGCAACACACAACUUGAAGAGCUUGAAAGGGCUUUCCGGAAAUCACAUUACCCAGAUGUAUUUACCAGGGAGGAGUUAGCAGUUCGGCUUGAUUUAACCGAAGCUCGGGUUCAGGUAUGGUUUCAAAACAGAAGAGCAAAGUGGAGGAAGCGUGAAAAAACAGGGCUCCUCAGCAGUAUUCCUGGACUUCCCUUGAGCCACCCACUGGGUUUUUACUUGGACCUUCCUUUAAAUCAGUCUCCAGUUCUGGAACCUGCAUGGCAAACUGUGCCGACCACAGGUCUUGGCAUGCCACCAACAUUUAACCCAGUAGCCCUGGGACCCUUCAACCUUAGCAGCUUGACAUGGGCAUCCAUUUUCAGAAAUCCCUUACUAAGCCCACAGCUUGGCAGGUUUCUUGGUGCAAUAAACCCUUUGAUGACAGCUCCUUCGGCAUUAAUGAAACCUCCUGGACAAGUAACAGACCCUGCUGUUAAUGCCCUCAUUGACCCAGCAACUGUUGAAAGGAAAACAUCAAGCAUUGCAGUUCUCCGACUAAAAGCUAAAGAACAUUCUGCUCAGAACCCAUACAUAAAUGGGGCAUCUAGCAUUACAAAUGGCAGUCAUGAACUGUGAUAUCACUUAUAUUAUAAACUCAAAAAGAUAUUCUCUUCCUUACUGUGACUGCCAUGAUAUGUAAAUAAAACACAUUUUGUACUCUCUCUCUUAUGAAAUGUAUGUUGCAGCAUAACAAAUGACACUCCUGGAUCAUAGUGCAAGUUACCAUAAAUAAAAUUUUAUGAAGAGAAUCCUGCAAAAUGCAUCUUAAUAGGCUGGAAAUGCUUUUGUGUUAAAGCAUAUAAAUCUGAAAGCAAAAAAACUGAGGCAAAUGACUUAUGGUCAGAUUGCUUAUCUGUUUUGUAGAAAUAGAAUAGCAUAGUAUCUAUGUAGUAGUUAACAACAAAGCUGUUAUCAGCCAAUAAUAGCAAAGCUGUUGCCAUCAACCAUUAAGGACACCUUAUCAAAGAUGAACAUCAGAUUUAGGAUGACAUGCAAAGAACACUAAUGGUGAAAUCCAAUUUUUUUUUUUUUAAAUGUAAUAAGUAUGGUUAAGCUUGUUUAUCAAUACUCGUAUUAUACUGUUAAACCUGACAGUCAUUUCUGUAAGAAGCAAGCUCAUGAAUUGUGUUCUGACUGAUUCCAGAACUAGUUAUGUUUCAUGCAGGAACUUAAGAGAAUUCCAUUCUAAAUAUAGAAUACAUUAUAACACUGUCUUUCGGCUUUUCCCGGUUAGGGAUCACCACAGCGGAACUCCGGUCUGCUAAUG